CAAACAUUCAGUGUAUCGACAGUUAGGCCAAUUAGAGACGGUGGAUCAGCUUAGAGGGGCCAGAUUUUUCCAAGAAAAGUGCUAUGUUGACUCAAGUCAUUUUGCUAUUUACGGAUCAUCUUAUGGUGGAUACAUGGCUGGUAUGAUAGAGUCUAGUGGUACUGGAGUAUUCACUGCUGCUAUAUCACAAUCACCUGUCUCUGACUGGCAUUACUAUGAUUCCAUUUACACAGAAAGGUAUAUGAAUCAACCAACUGAUAACUCUGAUGGUUAUAGAGUUACGUCACUGCUUACUAGACUAUCCAAUGUGUCUGUGGAGUCCUUACCUCAUUAUUUAUUAAUACAUGGAACUGGAGAUGAUAAUGUUCACUUUCAGAAUACUGCCCAACUGAUAUCUGUACUCACUGAAAGAGAAAUCCAGUAUCAAUUGAUGGUUUAUACUGAUCAGGAUCAUUCUUUAUCUGGAGGGAAGACAAGAAAUCAUCUUUACCAGCUCAUCACAGAUUUCCUUAAUUUUCACAGCUUCAAAUUGUCAAAUAACCAAAGCUAGAUGUACAUGUAGUAUAAUGAUAUGAUGCCAAUGUGUUUUUAACUGCCCAAUGAUUGCCC